AUGCGCCUACACCACACUGCUAUAGGCCGCGGCGCGGCGCGCGAGAAAUUUGAAUCUCCUCCUCCCCCGCUAUUCCUGAUGGAGGCGGCUCUGGAACCGGAACCGCGGACGCCCGUGCAAGGGCCGAAGCAGCGGGAAAGGCCGGGCCCGGACUCGGGUUAUGGCUCCAGCACCCACCGGCGUCCGCAGCGUCUGUCGGACUCGCCCGAGGCUGGGGUGGGAAAGUUCUCGCUCUCCGGAGCCGGGGGCGAGUCGGGCCCCAAUAGCCCCGCAGCGGCCGCGCUCGCAGACGAGUCCGACCGCAGCCUCCUGCAGGCGGAUGAGGAGCCGGUGCGAUGGGGACGGGGACGGGCACGGGCGGCUUCCCCGGAACAGCGAGGCGCAGCGACAGACUCGGAGCUCCCAGCGCCGGUGAAGCGCCCUUGCGGUCAGUGCUCCAACAGCGUCUGGAAAGUAAUAGCUGGUGUCACUGUGGCUGUGGCUGUGGUUGAAGCUGUGGUUAUUUUGACAGGAACUUUCUCUCCAAAGGUCAGGCAGUGUCCAGAAGAAUGGAUAUGUUUUAGAGGGAACUGUUAUUAUUUUUCCACUGAUACAAAGAGCUGGGAUGACAGUAAGAAGUACUGCAUCUCACAUGGCGCAACACUUCCUGUGAUAAAAGAGAAACUGCAACUGGAGAACAUCAAACGCUUGAGACAGAACCAUUACUACUGGAUUGGGCUAAGAAAGGAAGCAGCAGGAUGGCAGUGGGACGAUGGAUCUCCAUUUACUAAUGAUGUCAUCCAAUUGGAAAAUGAAGAUGCAAAGCUGAAGUGUUCCUUCCUAAACAGUGACAAAAUUGUUACUGUAGAUUGCACAUCUUCAAGACGCUGGAUCUGUGUCAAAGAGUCCAAAUGAGUCUUUUUUCAUCUCCAGUGAAGUUAGUAGUGCAAGGUCAUUGAGGCCUGGUAUGAAUGACGUAUGCUUGACAAAUGCCUGCGUUGCAAGUUAGCAGCUAAAGCAAGAACUUAAGGUCAAG